AUGAAGACAACUCUAGUAUUGGCAUUAUUUUGCCUGGGAGUAUGUUUGGCAAAUCCUUUGGAGAAGAAGGAGAAGAUAAGCGUCCUCGAGCAGCAGUCUGUGACGCUGACGGAUCGAGCUAAGUACGAAGAGGAACUUCUUCGUAAGCUCAACUCGAAAUGCUCCCAAAACGACAUCAGCAGUUGCGUAAUGUUGAAGUUGGUGACGUACAUGAACAAGUUGCUGAAGAAGGCCUCGAUCGAGCUCACGGACGACAUCGAGAUUAGAAAGACGAGCCAGACGUCGGAGGAUGUGAUCACGUUCGAGGCCGGUAGAAGCAAGAACGAUGAGAGUCAAUUUCUCGAUCUCGUCGCGAAUAAAUUUUACGCCUUCAUCAAAUCGAGAAGCAUCAAAUGGAGGAUUUUGCCCGAGGAUGAUAUUGUUGUGUCCGCGUCGGAGGAUGAGACUGGCUCUUUAAACUUGGGCCUAUCUAUCGAGCGCUCUGACAGACCUAUUCAAGACGGUCGUGGAAAGAAAAACAACAUGGGCCCGUUGAUUGCCGCGGCUGCCUUGAAGAUGGGCCUCAUCGGUGGUCUCGCAUUCAAAGCGCUCGCCCUCUUGGUCGGCAAAGCUCUGCUUUUAUCGAAGAUCGCUCUUCUACUAGCUGCUAUCAUAGGUCUGAAAAAGCUCUUCUCGCAAGGAAAACACGUGACCUAUGAAGUAGUGGCACAUCCCCAUCAUGAACACGGUCACAGCGACAGCUAUUCCAGCGGAUGGGGAAGAAGUUUCCAAGAAAAAUCGCCGACCUUCGGACCACCGGACGCCCACGAACUGGCUUAUUCGGCGCACGUAAAGUGA